GCUAGCUCCCGCUUUUUCUCUUCGCCUCUCGUCUCUCCAUUGAACUCAAACCCUGGAGAAACCCUAACAAAUAAAAAUGGAAGAAGAGACUUUGAUCGAAGGAGAGAACACCAAGGAACUGUCUCCCGCUUUGAUUUCCGUACAUCCUCUUGAUAAGUUCGUCGUCGUCGCUGUUGGAUCUGAACUCCGCGCCUUCGAUUUAGGAGAACAACAAGCGAUUUCCCUGUCAGAUAGUAGUGGUGGCCCAUCUCACUCUGAUGCCAUAAGAGCGAUAUGCUUUGGUGCAAAGGGCAAGGUUUUUGCUUCUGCUGGAGAUGACAAGCUUGUCAAGAUUUGGAUGACGGAUUCAUGGCAAUGUGUACGGACUGUGUGCUCAGAAAAGCGAGUUAGUGCAGUUGCAAUAAGCCAUGAUGGUCUCUAUAUUACUUUUGCUGAUAAAUUUGGUGUCGUUUGGGUGUUGGAUUUGAAUGAAGAUGGUAAUGGUCGAGCAGUGGCAGAUAAGAAGGCUCUACCCAUGUUAGGUCAUUACUGCAGCAUUAUUACUAGCCUGGAAUUCUCACCGGAUAGUCGGUUCAUUGCUACUGCAGACCGGGACUUCAAAAUUCGUAUUACUAAGUUACCCAAAAGUCCCCAAAAGGGAGCACAUGAAAUCCAAAGUUUCUGUCUGGGGCACACAGACUUUGUUUCAUCUCUUUCCUUUAUAUCUUCUCUCGAUCACCCAACGGGUUUCCUCCUGUCUGGGGGCGGUGAUGCAACGGUACGAUUGUGGGAUUACAUCUCUGGAUGCCUUCUUGGUAAUUGUGAAGUUGGAGCUAAGGAUUGAUAGCCUCUAAUAAAACAGAAAAGGAGACUUGUCAAGCAGUCACUGACAUACAAUCUUUUCCUGAUGUCUUUA